AGGCGUUUUCUAUCAGGUUGCUGUUUUGCAGCUCAGGAGCUCAGGGGCUUUAAAUCUGCAGCUCAGAGGAACAGAGGAACAGAGGAACACCACUCUUUUCUCCACACCUCCCUCUGGAACUGCUCCACCUCUCCUUCUCUGGGUCUGAUGGCUUUCUAACGUCCUGGGUCCAUCCUGAGCCUAGGUUUCACGUCGUCCAUCUGCAAGGAUAGAGAGAGAGAGAGAGCGAGAGAGAGAGAGAGAGAGAGCACCAUGUUCAGCUGGCUGGGAACAGACGACAGGAGGAAGAGGGAUCCUGAGGUGUUCCACACUGUCAGUGAGGGACUGAAGAAGCUCUACAAAACCAAACUGCUGCCUUUAGAAGAGCACUACAAAUUCCACGAGUUCCACUCCCCGGCCCUGGAGGAUGCAGACUUCGACAACAAGCCCAUGGUGCUGCUGGUGGGACAGUACUCCACCGGCAAGACCAGCUUCAUCCGAUACCUGCUGGAGCAGGACUUCCCGGGCAUGCGGAUUGGUCCAGAGCCCACCACAGACUCGUUUAUUGCCGUGAUGCACGGCGACAUCGAAGGCCUGAUACCAGGAAACGCUCUGGUCGUGGAUCCAAAGAAGCCUUUUCGUAAGCUCAAUGCUUUUGGCAAUGCGUUCCUCAACAGGUUUGUGUGUGCCCAGCUCCCCAACCCUGUUCUGGAGAGCAUCAGCGUGAUUGACACUCCAGGAAUCCUGUCAGGAGAAAAGCAGAGAAUUAGCAGAGAGGCAACAGAAGAUGUGUGUGGUUAUAGCAGCCUGCGUAAAUGUCCAUACGGAGGCUACGACUUUGCCGCUGUGUUGGAGUGGUUUGCUGAGCGCGUGGAUCGCAUCAUCCUUCUAUUCGAUGCCCACAAGCUUGACAUCUCCGACGAGUUCUCGGAGGUGAUAAAGGCCCUGAAGAACCAUGAGGACAAGAUCCGUGUGGUACUUAACAAGGCAGACCAGAUCGAGACUCAGCAGUUGAUGCGCGUCUACGGUGCCCUCAUGUGGUCGUUGGGGAAGAUUGUCAACACGCCCGAGGUGAUUCGUGUCUACAUCGGCUCCUUCUGGUCACACCCACUGCUCAUCCCUGACAAUCGCAAACUGUUUGAGGCUGAGGAGCAGGACCUUUUCAAGGACAUCCAGUCGCUGCCACGCAAUGCUGCUCUCCGCAAACUCAAUGAUCUCAUCAAGAGGGCCAGACUUGCUAAGGUCCAUGCCUACAUCAUCAGUUCUUUGAAGAAAGAAAUGCCUUCAGUCUUUGGGAAAGAGAACAAAAAGAAGGAACUGAUCAACAGCCUGGGAGAGAUCUACAGUCGGAUUGAGAGAGAGCAUCAGAUUUCUCCGGGAGAUUUCCCCAAUCUGAAAAAAAUGCAGGAGCAGCUGCAAGCCCAUGACCUGAACAAGUUUCAGCCACUAAAGCCGAAGCUGCUGGACACGGUGGACGACAUGCUGGCACACGACAUUGCCCAACUGAUGGUCCUGGUGCGCCAAGAGGAAACGCAGCAGCCCGGCCAGGUGGUAAAGGGCGGCGCCUUCGAGGGCACCAUGAACGGCCCAUUUGGCCAUGGAUAUGGCGAAGGCGCCGGCGAGGGUAUUGAUGAGCUUGAGUGGGUGGUUGCGCGUGACAAGCCUACAUACGACGAGAUCUUUUACACACUCUCACCUAUCAACGGCAAGGUGACUGGUGCAAAUGCCAAGAAAGAGAUGGUCAAGUCAAAGCUGCCUAACACCGUGCUGGGCAAGAUAUGGAAGCUGGCCGACAUCGACAAGGACGGCAUGCUGGACGAUGAGGAGUUUGCCCUGGCCAACCACCUCAUCAAAGUCAAACUGGAAGGGCACGAGCUUCCCAGUGAGCUUCCGUCCCAUCUGGUACCUCCUUCCAAGAGAAAAGUACCAGAGUAAUACACAGCAGGAUUUAGGUCAUAUUUAGGAAAAGUGGCUAUUAGGAGUUUGUAUCUUGGACACUGUAUGGACAAUUAACAAUGAACAUGACUACGUAAAUAAAAUGCUAGGAAGUGACAGCUCUGACUUUUCCCUAGAGGCGUGAAUUGAAGUUUGUCAGAUAACUCUUUUCACCUGUGUAUGUUGUUGUUUAGUUCGUGUUUUUAAGUCGCACUCAGUACAGCAUUUCUGGAUUGACUUACACAUCCAUAGUUACACUGAGACUCUGUUAACUUUACAGUUAAACAAUCAUUGCUACAGAUUUUAAACAUGCUUAAACAGUGCACAUUUUAUUUCAUUUUUAAUUUCAAGUCAUUGUAUGACUGUCUCAGAGCAAUCAUAUCUUAACACCAUCCUUAGUCUUAAUUACCCUUGGCACAGUAAUUAUCCUAAAUAUAACAACACAUAUUAGAACUGCUCUUUUUCUAAGUAUAUGUGUGUCUUGUGAAGGUGGCAUCAUAAUAAAUGCUUAUCCUUUCUAUCCUUUCUAGCCUGACCAAGAGACUGUUAAUGAUGUAUACGUGUUGUGCUAGAACGUGGACUGUUUGAUUCUGUAUUUAGUGUAUGGAUGGACCUGUAGUGAUAGCAACCUUGUCAAUUGGUGUACUGUAACUGUUAAUCCCUCUUAAUGUCAAUUUUAGAUGUAUUUAAAAUACUCACUUGAAUCCUGUUUUAAAAAUACAGAUUUAAAAAUAAGUGAGGCAGCACUAACAUUUACAUUUGACUUAUUUAACACAUUUCUUAGUACUGGCAGGUCAUGCAUUAAUAUCAGUAUUUAUGUUUUUGUCAAUACUCAUUCCUUGAAUUAUCAACCAUCAAAGUGCAACAGUUCACAAACAUGUUUCUGAUCCUUGAGAGUUAUCCGUGUAUCAUCGUUUACUGUGGUCUAACAGUGCACUGAACUAUAACGGUUGUAUUUAGUCAGUGGAGCGCUUGUUAAUCAGAGCCUCGUAUGCUCAGACAAGUCAGAAGAGCUUCUAAAUAAAGGUAAGCAUGAUGCUUGAUAAUGAUCGCCACCACAGGCCUAUAAUUUAUGGUCACAAUGAACAAAAUAGUAAAUUGCAUCCUGUUUCAGGUUCCUGUGUUUGAUAUACUGGUGUGUUCAACAACCUUUAGUCAUCUGAGUUAAUAAACUGCUGUGUAUCAAUGCA